AAAAGAAAACAUAAAUUGGAUUUUAGGUAGAAAAUGAUAUAGAAAAAAGCAGUAAUCUGGUAAGAUGGUUUUAAUACGGACCUAGGUGGUUAGAGUAUAGCCUGAGUGUAGAUGUAGGCUACUGUAGUGUUGUGAUCCGGAGGGCUACUCACUCCAAGCAGCAGCAGCACAAGCACUGUGCAAUCUGUAAUUUCACUCCCAUGACCCGCCUCUGAAUUAGUCUGCAGAGAGUCAAACCAUUGCUCCACUUUCCCCCUGUGCCGCCUUGAUGGGCGGUGAGGAUGCGUUUUAGAAUAACUUUUUAGUUCUUGAGAAUUCUUUUUUAACUAGGACACACACACAGACCCUUCUUUCCUUUUUUUUUUUUUCUAUUUAUCUUUCAUAAAAAUGUUGCGGGUUGUGGUAGAAUCUGCGAAAGCCUUGCCCAAGAAGACUCUUGGAAGUCCGGAUCCGAUUGUUUCUGUGACAUUUAAAGAUGUAAAGAAGAAAACCAAAACAGUUAAAAGUGAAGUCAAUCCAGUCUGGAGUGAGGUGCUCGAGUUUGACCUGAAAGGGAUACCGCUGGACUCCUCCUCGUACAUUGACGUUGUUGUGAAAGACUACGAAACGCUUGGGAAAAAUAAAUUCCUUGGCUCUACAAAAGUCUCCCUGAAAGAUCUUGCAGCGGGCCAGUCCACCUCCCUGCCAUCCAAAAAUGUGCCCUUGGCCAGUGAGGACGGGCAGAGCAUGGGGGCUACGAUCGACCUGGUUAUCGCCUAUGACCCACCUCCCAACGCUAACCCCCAGGGAGGGGGCGAUACCAUGGUGGACUCCGGUGGUGGGGGUGAGGAGGGGACUGACGCGGGCCCCCCCGGUCAUGCUGGAGGUUCUGGAGGGGUAGUAGCAUUCCGGCGGCGUGAUCGGAGUUCCAGGAGUCACCUGGCUAACAAACCACAGGACUUCCAGAUCCGUGUCCGUGUGAUUGAGGGCCGUCAGUUGCUAGGCAACAACGUCAAACCGGUGGUGAAGGUGAACGUGAGUGGAGAGACCCACAGGACGAGGAUAAGGAGAGGCAACAACCCCUUCUUCGAUGAGGUCUUCUUCUACAAUGUACACAUGUUGCCAUCAGAGCUGUUUGAUAAGAGCAUCAACAUUCGUGUGUACGACUCCUACUCUCUCAGGGCGGAUGCCCUCAUGGGGGAGUUUAAGGUGGACGUUGGUUACGUCUAUGAUGAACCUGCCCACUGUGUCAUAAGAAAGUGGCUCCUGCUAAGCGACCCAGAGGACCACAGCUCCGGGGCCAAAGGUUACCUGAAGGUCAGCGUCUUCAUCGUUGGAGCAGGGGACGAACCACCGGUUGAUACAGGGGAGGCCGGGGGUGAGGAGGAUGACAUAGAGAGUAACCUGCUCCUGCCAGCCGGGCUGGCCCUGCGCUGGGCCACGCUGUCCCUCAAGGUGUUCCGGGCGGAGGACGUUCCCCAGAUGGACGAUGCGUUCCUCCAGAGCAUGAAGGGGAUCUUUGGGGAAAGCCCGGGCAAGAAGAACCUGGUGGACCCUUUCUUGGAGGCUUCCUUCGCUGGUCAGAAGUUGUGCACCUCCGUCAUGGAGAAGAACGCUAAUCCAGAAUGGAACCAAGUGCUGAGCCUUCAAGUCAAGUUCCCCUCCAUGUGUGAGUGCAUCAAGUUGACCAUAAUGGACUGGGACCGGCUGACCCGGAACGACGCCAUUGGAACCACCCACCUGAACCUGGCCAAGAUCGCCUCUUCUGGAGGGGAGAUCGAAGACACACAUUCAGGAAACGGUGAUUCCAACACAGGGGAGUCUGAGGUGGGCUUCCUGCCUGCCUUCGGGCCCUGCUACAUCAACCUCUACGGCAGCCCCAGAGAGUUCACGGGUCUGCCUGAUCCCUAUGCCGACCUCAACUAUGGCAAGGGAGAGGGUGUGGCCUACAGGGGCAGGGUUUUGGUUCAGCUCUCCACCCAGCUGGAGGGGAAAGCAGACAAGGCUGUGGACGACAUCAGCAGCGACCACAUCCUGGUGACCCAGAAAUACCAGCGAAGGAGGAAGUACUGCCUCUGUGCGGUCUUCCACAAUGCCAGCAUGAUCCACGAUCCUGGCGAGCCAAUCCAGUUCGAGGUCAGCAUCGGUAACUAUGGAAACAAACUGGACAACACCUGCAAGCCAUUCGCCUCCACCACCCAGUACAGCUGUGCAGUGUUUGACGGUAACCACUACUACUACCUGCCCUGGGCUGCCACCAAACCAGUGGUGGUCGUGAACUCGUUCUGGGAAGACAUCUCCCAUCGGCUGGACACCAUCAACAUCAUCCUCUUCAUCACCCGGCGCCUGAUAUCGAACCUGGACCUCCUUAAAAACACCAUCAGUGCCAAAGCCUCAGACAGAGAGCAGGUGGAGGUUUGGGUGAAGUUACUGACUCAAUUUGAAGAAGACCUAGAAAGCUAUCCACUACCCGAGCUGGUGGGCCAGGCACACCUGACCUCUCUGGACCUCCAGCUGAAGAAGCUCCGAGACAGCGCCAUGGCAACCAUCCGAGGGGCAGCCAGGCAGAUGAGGGAGGAUACCAAGCAGAUCAGAGACUGUGUGGCAGACAUUGAGGGCUGGGUGGAGAAACUCACACAGCUGGCUGAGGAGCCUCAGAACAGCAUGCCAGACGUGUUCAUCUGGAUGCUGAGAGGGGAGAAGAGGGUGGCCUACAGCCGAGUCCCCGCACACCAGGUGCUGUUCUCCAGGCACAGCGAGCAGGCCUGUGGGCAGUUCUGUGGAAACACUCAGACCAUCUUCAUGCAGUACCCCAUGGACAAGAACAAGGGGCUCAAGGUGCCGGUGCAGAUCAGGGUCAACAUGUGGCUUGGCCUGUCCUCAGAGGAGAUGAAGUUCAACCUCUUCUCAGAGGGAACUUUCAGUGUUUUUGCUGAGUUGGUAUGGGGGAACCCUGUAACUAGUGGUGCCCGCUACAAUUAUCAGACGUUCACUGCAAGAUUCAGCGAACAGCAGUCCUUGCCCCCUAGGGGAUGGGAGUUGGAAGAGGAGUUUUUUUUGUUUGUCGAUCCCCAGAAAAGUCUGUUGACUGAGGCGGACGCAGGACACACAGAGUUCAUGGACGAGGUGUUUGAGAACGAGACCCGCUACCCAGGAGGGGACUGGAAGCCCGCCUCAGAACACUACACUGAUGUGAACGGGGAGAAGAACCAGAGUCUCGAAGAGUUUGCUCUUCCCGAGGGGUGGACCGGGGAGGACGCGUGGACAGCAGACCUGAACAGGGCCGUGGACGAGCUGGGAUGGGAGUAUGGGGUGACUAUUCCCACAGAUGACAAGCCUCGGUCAUGGGCGCCCGUGGAGAAGAUGUACCAUGUCCACCGCAGAAAAAGGAUGGUCCGCCCCCGCAAGAGGGCAGAGCCCCCUGCUGGUGGCGCUGCAGAGAAACGGGACAGAGGUGACCCUGAGGGCUGGGAGUUCUCUUCUCUGAUUGGCUGGAAUUUCCACAGGAAGGAGCGUUCAUCGGAUACAUUCCGUCGCAGGCGCUGGAGUAGAAAGAUGGCACCGGAAGACCGUCUGGGAGCGGCGGCCAUCUUUAAACUAGAGGGAGCAUUGGGUGUGAACACAGAGGAGAAGGAGAGCUCUGACAGCACGAAGGCAUUCGGAGCCAACACACCCACUGUGUCCUGCUCUUUUGACAAUGUGUUUGUCUACCAUCUCCGUGUGUAUGUCUACCAAGCAAGAGAGCUGGCAUCCAUGGACAAAGACAGCUUUUCUGAUCCGUUUGCACACGUGUCCUUCCUGCACCUGAGUAAAACCACAGAGAAGCUGAAGUCCACACUGAACCCCACCUGGGACCAGACCCUGAUCUUCAACGACCUGGAGAUCUACGGGGACCCUCAGAGUAUGGCCCGCGACCCCCCCAAAGUGGUGCUGGAGUUCUACGACUAUGACCAAGUGGGUAACAAUGAGCUGCUGGGCCGGACGGUGUUCCCUCCCCUGGUUGAGCUGAGCUCCAACGGGGACAGGACCCCCAAGCUGCUGUGGUACCCCAUCAUGCAGAAGGGUCACAGGGCAGGGGAGGCCCUGCUGGCAGCCGAGCUCAUCCUCAAAGACAAGAAUGCUCCGAUAGACCUUCCUCUGGUUCCUCCAAUGAGAUCUCUGAACCUCUACAUGGUCCCGCAGGGGAUACGACCUGUAGUGCAGCUCACCGCUGUGGAGAUCCUGGUGUGGGGGCUGCGCAACAUGAAGCCCUACGAGCUGGCGGCCGUGGCCUCCCCCAGCCUGGUGGUGGAGUGCGGGGGUCAGAGGGUGGAGUCGGCCGUCAUCAGGAACAUGAAGAAGAGCCCCAACUUCCCCAGCUCCGUGCUCUUCAUACAAGUGUACCUGCCCAAGGAUGAGAUGUACACGCCGCCCAUCGUGCUGAAGGUGAUCGACCACCGGCCGUUCGGCAGGAAGCCGGUGGUGGGCCAGUGCACCAUCUCGUCCCUGGAGCGCUUCCGCUGCGACCCCCACGUCAUCACCGCCGAGGGCAGCAUGGCCAACAAGAUGUCUCUGAUGUCCUCUACUGCCCCUCAUCUUUCCAUCUCCAUGGACGAGAACAGGCCGCUGCUAGAGGCUCAGAUUGCAGAAAAGGAGAAGGAGACGGAGGACUGGUGGAGUAAGUUCUACGCGUCCAUGGGAGAUCGGGAGCGAUGUGGAGAGUACUUGCAGAAGGGAUACGACACGCUGGAGGCGUACGACAACGAACUGGAGGACCUGCCGGAGUUCAACGGGCUGACGGACUUCUGCGACACCUUCAAGCUGGAGCGAGGCAAGAAGCAGAGCAAGGACGGCGACCCCGACGUGGUGGGCGAGUUCAAGGGCUCCUUCAGGGUGUACCCCCUGUCUGAUGACCCCGGGGUGAUGGCUCCGCCCAGGCAGUUCAGAGAGCUGCCCGACAGCGGGCCGCAGGAGUGUCUGGUGCGGGUCUACAUCAUCAGGGCCAUAGACCUGCAGCCCAAAGACAACAACGGCAGGUGUGAUCCAUACAUUAAGAUAACCCUCGGGAGGAACAGAAUCGAUGACAGUGACCACUACGUCCCAAACAACACCAACCCUGUGUUUGGAAAGAUGUUUGAGAUGUCGUGCUACCUGCCUCAGGAGAAGGACCUGAAGAUCUCUGUGUACGACUACGACCUCCUGACCCGGGACGAGAAGGUGGGCGAGACGGUGAUAGACCUGGAGAACCGCUUCCUGUCCCGGUUCAACUCCUACUGCGGGCUGCCCCAGACCUACUGCAUAUCUGGGGUCAACCAGUGGCGGGACCAGAUGAAGCCGUCUCAGAUCCUGGACAACGUGGCCCGUCUCAAAGGGCUGUCCAAACCCAGGACUGAGGACAACGGCAACACGCUCACCUUCAUGGGCAGAGACUACACCCUGGCCGAGUUUGAGGCCAACAAGGAGGUGCACCAGCACCUGGGCCCGGCCCGCGAGCGCAUGUGUCUGCACGUGCUCAGAACCCAGGGGCUGGUCCCGGAGCACGUUGAGACCCGGACCCUGUACAGCAGCUUCCAGCCCUUGCUCUCCCAGGGACGACUCCAAAUGUGGGUGGACGUCUUCCCCAAGAGCCUGGGCGUGCCCGGCCCUCCCUUUGACAUCACCCCACGCAAGGCCAAGAAAAACAUCCUGCGGGUCAUCGUGUGGAACACCACCGACGUCACCCUUGAUGAGAAGAGCAUCACCGGAGAGCACAUGAGUGACAUCUACGUCAAGGGCUGGAUGCCAGGCAUGGAGGAGGAAAAGCAGAAGACGGACGUCCACUACAGGUCACUGGACGGAGACGGGAACUUCAACUGGAGGUUCAUCUUCAACUUUGACUACCUGCCCGCGGAGCAGCUCUGUCUGGUCUCCAAGAAGGAACAUUUCUGGAAUCUUGACAAAUCAGAGUUCAGGAUUCCUCCCAAGUUGAUCGUUCAGAUAUGGGACAACGACAAGUUCUCAUUGGACGAUUACUUGGGUGUGGUGGAGCUGGACCUGCGCUCCCUGAUCCCUCCCGCCAAGACGCCAGAGAAGUGCAGCAUGGAGAUGAUGGAGCGCGGCCCGGACAAGAGCAAGUCUCAGCAGGCCCAGUCCCUGCUGGCCCAGAAGUCGGUGCGCGGCUGGUGGCCCUGCACCAUCGACAAGGACGGCAAGAAGGAGCUGGGCGGCAAGGUGGAGUUGACGCUGGAGAUCGUGGGUGAUGAGGAUGCCGAUGAGAAACCGGCUGGAAAGGGCCGGGAUGAGCCCAACAUGAACCCCAGACUAGAACCCCCCAAUCGGCCAGACACCUCGUUCUUCUGGUUCACCAGCCCCUGCAAGGCGAUGAAGUUCAUCGUGUGGCGCCGCUUCAGAUGCCUCUUCAUCAUGCUGAUCCUCCUGGUUAUCGUGGGGCUCUUCCUCGGAAUCCUCCUGUACUCCUUGCCGAACUACAUUUCUAUGAAGAUAGUUAAUCCAAUGGGUUAAGGAACUACGGCGACGAUCCAUAAUCUUCACCAAACGACCAAAGAAUAUGAGAAAAGGACCUCUAUGUGAACAAUAAUUCCUCUGUACCGCCUUCUCCAAGCCAAUUUCUUACAAGUUGUACACGAUCACUGUAAAUAGAAAAUGACAUACCAACUGUAAACUUUUUUUAUUUUUACGGCCACAUGGGAGGGUAUGAGUUUUAUGCAUGAAGAGAAAGUAAAUCAGGAUCGGAUUGUUUAAAUUGUGUAAUGCUGAUUGAAUCACCACCUAUUUUUGAUGAUUAAAAAUGUAUAAAACAAU